GAGGAGGGCGCGCAUGCGCCGUGUGCACAGUAACCUCGCUUACGCGAAUUCCCUCAACGUGCCGAGCUGGACGUCGCGUCCCUUCCUAUUCCGUCAAAAUGGGUAUUGACAUCAAUCAUAAACAUGAUCGAAAAGUUCGGCGAACGGAGCCCAAGUCGCAGGACGUUUAUCUACGACUUUUGGUGAAGUUAUACAGAUUUUUAGCUAGAAGGACUCGCUCAAAGUUUAAUCGCAUCAUUCUGAAGCGGCUGUUCAUGAGCAGAAUUCAUCGCCCUCCAAUUUCAUUGGCUCGCAUCACUAGAUUUAUGAAGAAGCCAGGACGCGAAGAUUGUAUCGCCGUUAUCGUAGGUACGGUUACGGACGAUGCCAGAAUCUUUGAAGUCCCAAAAUUAACGAUCUGCGCCCUCCGUGUGACCGAGAAGGCCCGUGGCCGAAUUCUCAAGGCUGGAGGAGAAAUCAUUACUUUCGACCAAUUGGCACUGCGCUCUCCGACUGGUCGUAAAACAGUUUUGAUACAAGGACCUCGUAAAGCACGCGAAGCUGUUAAGCACUUUGGCCCUGCUCCUGGAGUACCGCACUCGCACACAAAACCACUGGUACGCUCCAAGGGCCGUAAGUUUGAGAGAGCAAGAGGUCGCAGACGCAGCUGUGGUUAUAAAAAGUAAAAGUGUGGAAGAGCAGGUUGUAAGUGAAAUUUGUGGGAAAUAAAAAUCUGUAUUUACAUAA